AUGAAAAAAAAUUUAUAGGAAAAAGUAAUAAAUAAAUAAAUAAAUAUUAUUUAGAUAGAAAAACUGACAAAAUGCUAAACAACUAAUCAAAACAGAUAUUCACGAGGACAUUAACAAAUAUUAUCAAAUAUUACUUCUAAACAAAAAUAUAUACUGAUUUCAUAUAGUUAGAUUAUUAAUAAAGAUGAUUAAAUUUAGGCUUAAUAAUAUUUAAAAAUUUGAGAUCAUAGUUCUGCUAUUACUUGAUUUAAAUAUUGGUAUUCAGUAAAAACAAAAUAUUUUAGUUGCAGAUGAAUAAUAGACAUUAAUUCUAUUAAAGGACUUUCUUUAUGGAAAAAGAAAAUAUAAUUAUUUUUUAAAAGGUGCUGAAUAUUAGAAUUUUUGACUAUGUUAUAGAUUUUACUGUUUUGUUUCUCAGCAGGUUUAUGAAUCUAAUAUUUUCCUUGACUUGUACUAUUUAAGGAUUCGAAAAAGUAAUCUAGAAUUUUCCUCUAAAUAAUCUAGUUUUUAUUUUUGAAGAAUAAAAAAUUAUGAUCUCAAAGGAUAUAACACAAAAUAAAUAUUCGAAAAUUUACUAUACUAUUUCUUUAAGUGAAUCACUUAGAAAUACAAAUUCAUUAAUAAAUUUUGAAUUCUUUGUAUGCAUAUAUAUCACGAACAUUAGAUGGGAAAAGUAUUUUUAAUACAUUAAGAGAUUUUUCCAUAAGCCAUAAUGAAAUCAAAGGCGAUUUAAUAGACACUGAAGUUUCUUAUUAAAUCAUGUAUUUGGAAGGCUAGCUGCGUAUUGAGUACUAAAAGAGAGCGGGCUCAAUUGAUAAUUUGGAUGCUAGAAAGUAUAGUUUUCCAGUAUAUUGAUUAAAAAGCUUAAUUACAAUAGAAUUGAA